GAGGAGUCUGGUGGAUUUAGAGACUGCUCUGCUGAAAAACAUACAUACAUAUAUAUAGUUUUUGCAGCUAAUUUUCAACUAAAUGCAGUGUUGUUUUGGGCUUUAAAUGUUCUUCCAUGGUACAAAGUAACGUUUAUGAAUAGCAGCAGCAACAAGGACAACUGCUCAGACUAGGGUUGCCAACUGUCCCGCAUUAGCCGGGACGUCCCAUAUAUUAGGCCUAAUUUAUUUGUCCCGUACGUACCUUCUCUUGUCCCGUUUAUUGACUGCUACACUGAUCUAACCACUGAACAACAGCAGCAGUGCUGAUCACGACACUUGAGAAUCAUCUUCUGCACCAACAUGCUUCCACAGAAAUGCACAAGAAGGCCACACUUGCUAAAGGUGCAAGUAAUAUCGGUGCAUUGUUCGGGGCAGCUACUGUGGAAACGGACAAACUAGCGGCAAGUGAAGCCUCGUAUGUGUAUCACAAUGUCAAACAUGGACUUAGCUACAAAGGCGCUGACUGUCUUGUUAAGCUCGACGGAGCGUUGUUUCAUGACUCAAAUGUUGUGAAGAAGAUGCACUUGGGAAGAACGAAAGCUGAGAUGACCACAAUGAAUGUUUUAGGACCAAAGACUGUGCAGGAUAUCCUGAAUGAUGUAUCCCCACCUGAAGGUGAGCCUGUGUUUUACUCAGUUGCCUCCAAAUGAUUGAUGCCUCAAAACAAGGGAAAUAGAAAAAUGUUUCCAGUGUGUGUAAGAUAUUUGUCUGUGUCUGAUGGAGUGCAGUGCAAGUUACUUGACUUUUAUGAAGAUAGUGAUGAAACUGCAAAUGGUAUUCAUCAAGCUCUGAUGGACUGCCUGAAAAAGUAUGAAUCGGAUAUAAAACACAUCACUGCCUAUGCACCAGAUAAUGCCAAACUUCGGAAAACACCACUCUGUUUACCAGUUAUUGAGCAGUGCCAACAGUCGCAUUUCGAAAGCUAACUGCCCAGCUCACUCACUCACUCAUAACACCUGCAAGCAUGCCUGUGAUCAGCUGUCAGUGGAUACUAAGUCACUGGUUUUAAAGAUCUACAGCCACUUCUCAGUACCUGCUUCCAGAAGUGAGGAACUGUGUGCAUUUUUUGCUUUUGUUGACAUUGAAUGGCAUGAAAUUCUGCGUCAUGUUUGCACGCGAUGGCUGUCUCUCCAUCCAGCUGUUGAUUGUCUCCUGCAGAGCUGGCCAGCUCUCACCUCAUACUUCAGGUCCAAUGGGGACAUCUGUCCUAUGUAUAUGAGGAGGAUUUUUGAGGAUGAAGAAAAAACUGCAGCUGCUGAGAUUUAUCUGUGCUUUUUCCACAACGUGGGGUGUGUUUUUGAAACACUUGUUUAAAAGCUGGAAACAAAGCUCUGCAUCACAGAUGUGUACAGAGAGGUGGGAAAAUUCAAAGCCAAGAUGCUUCAGCGGAAAGAGGACAACUUUUUUGGAUACCAGACCAAGCAGAUGGACAAACAGUUGUCAGUACAGAGAUCGAAGCAACAAGAGGACUUCCUGAAGUUCUAUGACUGUCAUUUCUCAUCAGAUAAUGUGAUGAUGAAACUGAUCGGCCUACAGGAGGAGCUCUCCUUCACUGACCUGGAGCAGGUGGUGGUUGCCCUCAAAAUGACAGACAGUGAAUAUGGACCAACUCUAUGAAGAGUUUUGUGCUAGCAGGGAAGAAAUAAAGAAAGCCACACAGGAUACCACAAAAUCCACCAGUGAGAAGUGAGUUGCAGUCUGCCAAAACCUAGGGAAAGCCAGCGUGAUCAACAUGUUCAGGAUUGUCUAUUUGUCCCUGAGUGUGCCAGGCUCAAAUGCCUUUGUACAGAGGAUGUUCUCUCUGAUGACCAUUAAAUGGUCAGACUCAAGAAACAGAUGCAGCACAGACCUGACCAAAAAUGAACUUCAAAUAUCUGUGAACUGUGACUUGUCAUGUAAGGACUUUUCUCUGGCUGCACAAAAGGACAAAAGACUGCUUGAAUCGGUCAAGAGCAGCCAAAAAUAUCCAUGGAAAAAGUAGAGUUGGUGAACAGAGCGCAAGACUUUAAAUUAAAGUACAAGACAGCGACGAAACCUGUGCGUUUGUUUACGGAGGAGGAGCUGAGCAGAUACGACGGCAGCGAGGAGGCGCAGCCGGUUUAUAUGGCGCUGAAAGGAGUGGUGUUUGACGUCAGCUCAGGACAAGUGUGUAAGAAGAAGAAGAAGAAGGAGAACAUCCUGUUUUGUUUCCUCCACACUGUAGAGUUUUAUGGUAAAGAUGCUCCGUACAACGCCCUCGCUGGUAAAGACUGCACUCGUGCUGUGGCUAAAAUGUCUCUGGAGCCUGCAGACUUGACAUCAGAUACUACAAGCCUCACUGAAGACGAGCUGAAAUCUCUGGACAGUAUAUUUGAAGGCACGUAUAAAGCAAAAUAUCCCAUUGUGGGCUACACAGCAUCGCGCAUCCUCAACGAUGACGGAAGUCCCAACAAAGACUUCAAACCUGAGGACCAGCCUCAUUUUCAGAUCAGAGAUGAGUUUUAAUCUUGUUUACAAAAACAUAUUUUAUACUUUUACACAUGAGAUGGAAAAGAAUAAAGUUUUCAAUUUCUAUUCAUA